AUGAUACGAUUCCUUCUUUUUUUCAUCUUCCCAUCUGCAAUUCAUUGCUGUUUAGUGGUAAAGACAGUUGCGCCACCAAAAUGCGAGUGUCCGUACGUGGCAUUGGACAAAUAUAACAUUCAAUCUUAUGCCAAUGGUGACGAACUUUACGAGGAAGCACUACGACUCCGUCCAAUUUAUCCUCCAACAACUAUAAUUGAUGAUUGCUCGAUAUCAAUCCGUUGUGAAAAUGAGAGUCAUAAACUCAUGGUUUGGAGUACAAAAAAUUAUAAUUUCGGAACUUACUCAGCCGAUGGUUUUUGUGAUCCGUAUACUCAAAAGUGGUCGAUGGCUUACGGAGGAGAAAUGAAAAGUUUGGAUUACAUACACGCGUUUUGUUAUAACUAUCGCAUAAGAAACAACUGUUCAUGUUUAAUGGAGCCAGUGAAUACUCAAUAUGCACCCGAAUUUCUGAACAUAUAUCCGAUAUAUGUGGAAUCUCUGUACAAGUAUGAAUUGUACAGGCCGGUUUUCGAGUUGGAUAAGUGUCCAACGAUCAUUGAAUGUCAUAAAGAUAAUCUGAAGAUAGCUGUGAUCAGCCCAUAUCAUUCUUACGAGAUGAUAGAGCCAGAACUUCAUUGUGAAACAGAUGAAUAUGACAAACCAAUAUGGGCGGUAAAACCUGGUGGAGGACAUGAAGAAUUCAAAAGUUAUACUUUGUUCUCAACUUGCGUCGACUACAGUAAGACUAAAACGCCUCCCGUCUAG